CUCUCUCUCUCCCACUCACGUGCCCUUUCUCCACCCAUCUCAUCCAUUAGCAGCCAGAACAGAUCGUUGGCAGACAAGAAGAGACGAGACAGCCGAGGCAGACAGAGCAGCAGCAGCAGAAGAAGAAGACGAAGAAGAAGAAGAAAGACAGACAGAGAAGUUGAGAGAAUAAAAAGAAGGAAGCAUCAUGGACGCUCUGAAGAAGGGAUUCUCCAUUGCGAAGGGCGGAGUGGUGGCUGCCGCUGAGAAGACGAAGGCUGGGGUGGAGGAGGCCGCUGCCAAGACAAAGGAGGGGGUCAUGUAUGUCGGAAACAAGACAAUGGAGGGAGUGGUGACUGGUGUUAAUACAGUUGCCCAGAAGUCGAACGAACAGGCCAACAUCGUUGCCGACACCGCGGUAACCGGGGCCAACGAGGUCGCCCAGGCAGCGGUGGAGGGGGUGGAGAACGCGGCGGUGGCAAGUGGAUUCAUCAGCAUGGAGGAGGCGGGACCAGUGCCUGAGGAGAAUGACCUCCCAAAAACAAAUGCAGGAGGAGAACAAACUGAACAUGUUGCACAGUAGACUCCGAACUUCCUGUCAUCUCUGAGAAUGGACCGGAGAAGAAGAAACUUUACACUUUAGCCGUCGCUCAACCCUGAAACAUCCUCCAUCUGCUCUAAUUAACCUCAUUAACCAUCACUCUCCCGCCCGUUGCUGUGGUUACACCACCUCCACUCAUCUCACAGUUUUAAUCCCCGGCGAUGAAGAUAAUCAAGUCGCGAUUAACUUGAGCUGACUGGCCGGUGCGAACCUGCCUGACGGAUACCUGAAGCUGUUUAAAUGCAUGUCGCUUGAAGUACUAGAAUCUAAUGACCAAUCGGUGACGAACACUGCGGCUGUCACUAUCUCUCCCUGUCUGUGUCACUGAUUAAGUUGAUUUCUUCUUUUGUAAGUAAAAUAAAAACUUUGAAAUCCA